AUGUCAAAAUACCUUCCUAUUGAACCUCAUGGGCCAGUAGAUUUUGCUGUUCCGCGGAUAAUGCCUAGUACAUCAUACUCUGCAGCUCCAAUGGAACCAGAGGACGAGGAAGUGUUAAAAAUUAUUAGAUCUUUAGGAAAUAUGUCCGCUCCCACAGAUACGGCAGCAGAUUCAUAUACUCCAUUAGCUUCUUUUGGCCCACGGUGCACAAGAUGUGGUAAUCCAUGUGGUAAUGAUGUUUAUUACCAUGGACCUUUGCCAUUCCAUAAAAAGCACUUUGUGUGCAAAAGGUGUGGAGGGCCUCUUCAUGUUCCAAUUACAAUUAACAACGAUGUUUACUGUCAGAAUUGUGCAAGGAUGGUAAAGCCAAAAGCACCUAUUUGUCAUCAAUGCAAUGGCCAGCUCACUGAUAAACCAGUGAUAGUAGCCGGAAAAUGUUUCUGUGAAGAGCAUUUUACCUGUGCAAAAUGUGGUCAAGUUCUUCAGCAAAAUAAUUUCGUACAACGAUCAGGGAAAUUCUACUGUCCGAAUCAUGCCCCCGAAUCUCCGAAAUCUGUUUGUUGCGUUUGCAAAUUACAAGUCGAAGGCCAAAAUAUCGUCCGCAAUGGUUUGGUUUUUCAUCCAGAAUGCUUUGUAUGCACUGGAUGUCGCCAAAAUUUGGCACACGUUCCUUAUUCUUUUAUUAGAAAUAAGCCAUACUGCCUUUCUUGCGCCGAUAAGGCUCAAAAUAUGAUCAAAAACAAACGAUUAUCAUCGUUCAUGGUUUAG